AAAAAGGUAAGAAAGACAACGUGGAGAAUGUCCUGGAGAUGAUGGAGAACCUGGAGAACCCGCUCCACUGCCCGGUCAGACUCUAUGAGUUCUACCUCUCCAAGUGCUCUGAGUCGGUGAAGCAGCGCAGCGACUUGUUUUUCCUUCGGCCAGAUCGCUGCUGUGUUCCCAGUAGCCCCCACUGGUUCUCCUCUUCCCCACUGGAUGGCGACACCAUGGAGGCCAUGCUCACUCGACUCCUCACAGUCCGAGAGCUGCAGGACAGAAGGUAGCAGAGCUUCGGCCCAACAGACAACAGACGACACCACGUCCACAUGUUCUUGUUCUAGUUGUUAAAGACAUUCUUUCUGAUAGAAACUGUGAAGAAGAGACAUCUUCAUCAAGACUUCCGGUUCUGACGCAGUUCACUUCUCUCCAGUCGCUGCACAUUCAUGUUUUACUGUUUGUUUCCUUUCAGUCGGUUGAAUGUCAACACUUUCAGUUCUGACCUGAGAUCUGCGUCAUUUUAUUUGGAAUAAAGAAGAAAGUUUUGAAAAGUUA